AUGACGGCCGCUGACUCACUCUUUGCAACAAUGACCGAGCCCCUCCACCACCGGGGUGCCCAAGUCGCAUCACCUGAUGACGUGCUGGCCCCUUUCAUUAUGCGAUUUGCCUUGGCCCUUUGUCCACUCCAUCGCGUUGGUUAUGCCAUGUUUGGGGCCAGGCUGCUAGGAAGCCCGGCUCCGGUUUCGCAGCCUGUGGCAGCAAUUGGCCUGGCCUGGCGCGAGGCAGAAGCGCGUCAUGUCAGUCGCGCUCACAGUCAUGUGCAUCAUCGUGACCCCAACGGCAGCCUGCUCACAGGUACUCACAGAGUGACACUUGGCAUUCUGUACACGAGGAGUAUGCCGCAUGGGCCGUUCGAGGCAUGUGUUGAAAGAAAGGGUUGA